CUCCUGCUGCUGCUGCUGUUCCGUGGAGAAGAUGCACAAGAGAUGCGCGUCGAGUCUGGACAGGCACCGCCCGAGUGCCGCGAUACGCACGGCCACUUGCCCGGCGGCGCACUCAGCUACGGCUACACCAAGGCGCUGCUGGGGCGUCUCGAAGCUUGCAUACUCUUCAACAGGCGGUUCAUGGCUGAGAAUCUACCCAUUGAACUGUCGGCUCUGACGGUACCACCCAAGAUCCAAGUGCCGCCAUCCAGUGAACUGAAGCGGUUGACUGAGGAGCAGGCGUUCCUGCGCAUAUACCAGCUGCUCGUAGCGUACACCACGUUUGUCCAGCACAUGGUCAAUACAAGCCAUGGUGUGGCAAGCUGCAGCGGCCACGCUAUCACGGCAACCAACAAGCGCAGCGCCACGGGUGCCGCAACGGCCCUCCAGGUGGCUACCAACAGCCAACGAAACGCCGACCAGCUACAGGAGCUCCGCUGCGACGUGCGGCUGUCGAGUGCGGCGCACGGCAGCCAGGUGCAGUUCGCCGCGGCUGAUGCAAGCGCGGUGGGUCUCAUCUUGGACACGUACGCGGACUGCUCCAAACGCCUGCUGGCCCACUACAGCGUGGCGGUGGGUGUGCAGCAGCUGCUGCGCUCAGUGCGUGAAUACCUGCUGCACUUGGUACGGCUCAAAAGCCCCUAUCCGGGCGCCGACAACGCCGAAGCCCCUGAGGUCUUCGAGCAAGCCUCGUACUGA